AUGGAAGGUGGGUGUACAUACUCAAUGGAAGGUGGGUGUACAUACUCAAUGGAAGGUGGGUGUACAUACUCAAUGGAAGGUGGGUGUACAUACUCAAUGGAAGGUGGGUGUACAUACUCAAUGGAAGGUGGGUGUACAUACUCAAUGGAAGGUGGGUGUACAUACUCAAUGGAAGGUGGGUGUACAUACUCAAUGGAAGGUGGGUGUACAUACUCAAUGGAAGGUGGGUGUACAUACUCAAUGGAAGGUGGGUGUACAUACUCAAUGGAAGGUGGGUGUACAUACUCAAUGGAAGGUGGGUGUACAUACUCAAUGGAAGGUGGGUGUACAUACUCAAUUUUUGGGACAUCCCAAACAACAAUGGAAGGUGGGUGUACAUACUCAAUGGAAGGGGGAUUUUCUCUGGGUUUGAGUGAAUUUCUCUGGGAUGGAGAGGGGAAUUUCUCUGGGUUGAAGUGA